UGAAAAAAUUGGAAAAAAGGUUUACCAAAGUGUUAGUGCAAAAUUCUUGUUUUGUUCUUUUUGUUUUUCCUUUAUAUUUCACCUGUGUCCUUUGAUCAUCGGGUAGUCUAAGCACACUUUUUAAGACAAAAAGGGGCUGCUGCUUGCUACCCCCUUCAUCUGAGAUCGCAAAUUGUCUACUGCUUUACAAGUUUCAAGUCUUUGCGAUCUUUGAUUGUGACCUUUUGAUCGAGAUUUCUACUUCUCAGAUGGAUAACAAGGAUGAGUGUUGUUCAACUCACCUCAUUGAUGGGGAUGGAAUGUUCAAUGUUGCUGGAGUCGAGAACUUCAUGAAGGAAGUUAAACUAGCAGAAUGUGGUCUUUCAUAUGCCGUAGUGUCUAUUAUGGGCCCACAAAGUAGCGGGAAAAGUACUCUGUUAAAUCAUCUUUUUCAUACUAACUUUAGAGAGAUGGAUGCAUACAAGGGAAGGUCGCAAACUACAAAAGGUAUUUGGAUGGCUCGAUGUGCUGGGAUUGAGCCUUGCACCCUUGUCAUGGAUUUAGAAGGCACAGACGGUAGAGAACGAGGAGAGGAUGACACUGCAUUUGAGAAGCAGAGCGCUCUAUUCGCCCUUGCUGUUUCUGAUAUAGUGCUCAUCAACAUGUGGUGUCAUGAUAUUGGUCGUGAGCAAGCUGCAAAUAAGCCUCUUUUGAAGACUGUCUUCCAGGUAAAGUACAUAGCUGUAUCUUUAUAUGAACAUUCCUUCCGGAUGUUUUACAACUUACUAUUUUUUGACCAGGUUAUGAUGAGGUUAUUUAGUCCACGUAAAACGACAUUGAUGUUUGUUAUUCGUGACAAAACAAGGACUCCCCUCGAAAACUUGGAACCUGUUCUAAGGGAAGACAUUCAGAAGAUAUGGGAUUCUGUCCCAAAGCCGCAAGCUCACAAGGAUACACCGUUAAGUGAGUUUUUUAAUGUCGAGGUCGUGGCUCUUUCUAGUUUUGAAGAGAAGGAAGAACAAUUCAAAGAGCAGGUGGCUAGUCUCAGACAACGAUUCUUUCAUUCUAUUGCACCUGGUGGGCUUGCUGGAGAUAGGCGGGCUGUUGUUCCUGCAUCAGGCUUUUCAUUUAGUUCACAACAGAUAUGGAAGGUUAUAAAGGAGAACAAGGACCUUGACCUGCCUGCCCAUAAGGUUAUGGUAGCUACGGUGCGGUGUGAAGAGAUUGCCAAUGAAAAAUAUGUUUCUUUCACUGAAAAUGAGGAAUGGUCUCAAUUAGAAGAGGCAGUUAAUUCUCAUUCUGUACGAGGCUUUGGAAGGAAGGUCAGCUCAAUUUUGGACGCUUGUCUAUCAGAGUAUGAUGUCGAGGCUACCUUCUUUGAUGAAGGGGUUAGAUCCUCAAAGCGAAAGCAUUUGGAAGAGAAAUUGCUUCAGCUCGUCCAACCAGCCUACCAAUCUAUGCUGGGACACAUCCGAUCUGAUGCUUUUGAAAGAUUUAAAGAAGCGUUUGAGAAGUCAUUGAAGGGGGGUAAAGGGUUUGCUCUGGCUGCUCGUGAAUGUGCUGAGUCUUUUAUGUCCCAUUUUGAUGAAGAAUGCUCAGAUGCUAUUAUUGACCAAGCAAAAUGGGACUCAUCAAGAGUGAAGGAUAAGCUGAGGCGUGAUGUAGAUGCUCAUAUUGCUGAAGUUCGCAGUGCCAAGCUGGCUGAAGUGACAACCCUGUAUGAGACAAAACUGAACGAGGCAUUGGCUGGACCAGUUGAGGCUCUUUUAGAUGGAGCUGGCGAUGAUACAUGGCCGGCAAUAAGAAAAUUGCUUCAGCGUGAGACUGAUACAGCAGUCUCUGGUUUUGCUGCUGCACUUUCUGGUUUUGAAAUGGAUGAAGAAAGUAGGGAUAACAUGGUUUUGCGGUUGAAAGAUUAUGCACGAGGAGUAGUUGAAGCAAAGGCAAAGGAAGAAGCUGGAAGGGUCUUGAGUCGCAUGAAGGACAGGUUUUCAACAUUGUUCAGCCAUGAUCAAGAUUCUAUGCCACGAAUUUGGACUGGCAAGGAAGAUAUUCGCGCAAUCACUAAAACUGCACGAUCAGCUUCUCUGAAGCUCCUGUCAGUUAUGGCUGCAGUUCGCUUGGAAGAUGAGAGUGACAGUAUAGACAAAGUACUUAUAGUUGCUCUUGUAGAUGGAAAAGCAGGGGCUUCCUCCUCAAAGAGCAUUACAUCAGUUGAUCCUCUAGCAUCUAGCACUUGGGAUGAGGUCCCUCCAUCAAAAACUUUGAUCACACCUGUCCAGUGCAAGUCUUUGUGGAGGCAAUUCAAGACGGAGACUGAAUAUGUUGUUUCACAAGCCAUUGCUGCUCAGGAAGCUAGCAAGAGAAACAAUAAUUGGUUACCACCUCCAUGGGCAAUUGCUGCCAUGGUGAUUUUGGGAUUCAAUGAAUUCAUGACACUUUUAAGAAAUCCUUUAUAUUUAGGGUUUAUAUUCGUCGCCUAUCUGCUAUUUAAAGCUCUUUGGGUGCAAAUGGAUAUCUCAGGCGAAUUCCGCAAUGGAGUUCUUCCUGGACUUCUCUCUUUAUCCACAAAGUUCCUUCCUACAAUCAUGAAUCUUCUUAAACGACUAGCAGAGGAAGGACAAGGUGUGGCAAAUGGUCAACCUCAGGCUAACCCCGCUCUUUCAUCAAAGAGCUUCCGCGGUAGCACAAACGAUCACGGUGAUGUAUCAACCAGUGGUACAUCCGAAGUAACUUCAGAAAAUGGAACAGAAUACUCUAGCUCCUCCUUACAUGACAAAGCACAGUAAGCUAUUGUUUAUAACACCCACUCUUAUUCUGCGACAGCAAAGUUUUAAUGCUCAUCCAGACGUGGUAUGGUGCACAAGUAUGCUUGGUUGCGGCUAGCACUUUUAGAGACAAAGCAUAUGAAAGAAUCAGACACUGAAGGCAUUGAUUUUUGUACACCGAAUAGGCUGUGUUCUAUUUCUCUCUUGUUCUUUUUACAGUUGAUUUUUAUUUUGUUGGUGAACUAAGAGGGCCAUUCUUUUCUGUGUUGUUUGUUAUCAUUCUCCUUGUUUGCCAUCAAAAUUUUCUUGUGAGAAGCCUAAUAUAAUGUCGGUAUUUUAUGGAUAAGCUGAUGAAAGAUAUCAGAAACUAUAUUUCUAAUGAGAUGGGAUUUUUGUCAACAUUAUUAGUGAA